AACGGCGGGCUAUGCGAAAUUGCGAAAUGUGAAAACUCCCCGUUUCAAAACCUAUCCCACAUACACAACACACAUAGAUCUGCAGAUGACGAUGCAGGCGGGAAGAGUAGGAGAUCGUGAUAUCAGGGCUAAAAUGGCGGAACUGCGACUGAUUACCGACAAAGAAAUUGAGAUUCAUCAGCGGAGGCAAGAAGCCGCCGUUCUUUCAUUGCGCAAAUCUCUGCAGUCAAUCAAGUUCGACGCCCAGGAAACUGUGUUAAAUCAAGACAAGAUAGGAAAGCUCAAAGCUCAACUGAGGGCGGUGGAGGACGAUUUAGUGAAAGCUCUUUCUGUGAAGACCCGGAAAGAGGCAAAAAAGAUGGCCAUAGCAGACUCCAUUUCUGCUACAAAAGCCAGACUCGAAGAACAUAAGAAAAUUGUGGCUGAUCAGAGAAUCAGAAAGGAUGAAUUUGCAGCAAUCAUAUCAGACUCUUUCAAAGCUCUGAAAGAAAAUGAAGAAAAGCAUAGUCAAGAUGCAGAACGUAGAGAAGAAAUUGAAGAGGCGAUUUCUUGGUACAAUAGGGUGCUUGGAUUCAGAAUCGAAACAGGACAUGGUAUAAAGUUUAUCUUCAGCAACAUAAAUAAAAAGAAUCCAAAUGAAGAGUAUUACUUCACUAUUCGCCUUGAGAAUGAUAUUUAUUCUUUGCUUGAUUGUCAUCCAAAUGUGAGUGAGGUGAAAAAGUUGAUCCAUGAACUUAAUGCUACUAAUGGCUUGUAUCAUUUUGUUAGAACUAUGAGAGCAAAAUUUCAAGAGGUUGCAGCAGUUGAAAAUUUAACUGAAACUGGUGCUCAUCCUCAAGAAACUUCUGUUAUAUCAAUGUCUGCCCCAUUUUCUUCAGUCUCCACUGACAGUGGAAGUGCAAUGGAGGAGGAUGACUCUAGAGAAACCAGGAAAGCCAGAGGUGUUCAAGGGGUACAAUCGUCAUUUCAGUCCCCUGGAUCUGCUUCAUCUCUACGCCGCCGCCAAUCCCCACGGUUUAAGGCAAAGAAAUGAAGAUGAAGGUUACUCUUUGUUCAUUACAGUGUGACUUGCUUGUUUUUAUGUGUGUUAGCCAAAAAUGGUAUCUUUUAACUCGUGUAAUUGGUGGCAAACUCUAUUGUUUGCUUGUAAUUAAAAAUAUUUUUUAGGGUAUAAGGAGUUGACAAAUGCAA